UGUUGACGUCAUGCAUACGGUAAAAACUACAGUUCUAUCUACACUCCGAGGCAUAUGCGUACAUUAAAAUGGCCUUCAGUUUUAAUUUCGAUGUUCAGAUAAACACCAAGGAACCGAGCGAUGCGGACUCGCGUGAGAAGAAUCGUAUCCAAAUACAGCCGGAUCGUUCGACUGACGCCGAGGAUGCUGUAAAUGACGCGGGAUUAAGGGUAAAACAGGCCGUAGAGCACAAUCCUAAGAGUCAUCCGUCCCUCUUUGAAGACAGCGUGUUUGAGACCUUCUGCGUGGGGUCACUGCCCCCCCUCCACUACCUAAAUGAAACUGUGUUUGAAACAACAACCUCAGUAGAGGCAGAUAGCGAGAAGAUCCUGUCCCAGACUGCAGCCCUGAAUUCUGACCUCAUCUCUGGUGUAUAUGAGGGCGGACUCAAAAUUUGGGAGUGCACUUAUGACCUUUUGGAGUACAUUGAGGCUGAAGGAGUGAGCUUUGUUGGGAAGAAGGUGCUGGACUUGGGCUGCGGGGCAGGAUUGCUGGGCAUCGCGGCGCUGAAGAUGGGGGCCAGUGAUGUGCACUUCCAGGAUUACAACAGCACGGUGGUCGACCGACUGACCAUACCCACUGUUCUUCUGAACUGUGAGGACAGCAGUGUGGAGGAGGAUGACGGUAGCCCUUCGUCAAAGAAGAGAGCCACAGAUCUAUCACAGCACCCUCAGUUUGUCAAGUGCAGGUUUUUUUCCGGUGACUGGGCAGCGUUCCUCCCACUGAUGGUUAACAGCGACACGGCGCCUAAAUAUGACAUCAUACUGACAUCAGAGACAAUCUAUAACACAGCUUACUAUGCUACACUCCACCAGGUCUUUCACAGACUCCUGGACCCGGAUGGUGUCAUUUAUCUAGCCACAAAGUCACACUACUUCGGGGUUGGGGGUGGACUUCUCCUCUUCCAGAAGUUUGUGGGAGAGAGGGCCGUUUUCGGGAUGAGGUGUGUGAGGAACGUGGAGCAGGGCCUCCAGAGACAUGUGGUGGCCCUGAGCUUCAAGAAAUGAGAGAUUUCAGAGAAUCUGAGAUCUUUAGCGGAAUGCUUUAAUAUCACAACAUAACCAGGACACAUUUUAUUUUCAGUAACCAGUUUAUUUUUGUAAAAUAUUUGUAAAACAACCUCUGAAAUAUGUACAAAGACCAAUGACCAUAUGCAUAAAUGAUUCUGACAGAA